AAGACUUAAUGUUUUUUAACCAAUCUUAUGUCUCGUGUAAUAAUAUUAUUGUUGAUAUUAUUGUAGAUGUCAAAAACCGAUUUACAAAAUAGUAAACAAUACCAAAAACACCAUGAGUGCAAAUAAAAAUAAAGAUGCUGAUAGAAAUCGUCGUAAUCGUUCGAGUAAAAUAAAUUUUGGUGAUAAAGGUAAACAAGUACUUGAAAAUAUUGAUGAAAAUAAUUCAGUUAUAAAACAAUUUCGUGAAUAUUCAUUAGAGCUAGAUAAUAAACAUGAUCGUUAUGAAAAAAUUGUAAAAUUUAAUCGUGAUAUUACAAUUGAAAGUAAAAGAAUAAUAUUUUUACUUCAUGCUAUUGAUAAAGAUAGUAAACGUGAUAAAAUACUUAAUGAUGCUAAGAUACGUCUUGAUAAUUUAACAAAAACUUUAUUUAAAAAUAUUGCUAUGGAAUUAGAUGGUCAAGAUCAAUAUCAAUAUUUACGUGCAUAUCGUGGUGGUUUACAAGAAUUUAUUGAAGCAUUAACAUUUUAUCAUUAUCUUGAUUCAAAUAAAUUAAUUCAUUGGAUUGAUUUUGAGGAUAGUUUUACAUAUAAUAUUGAAUCUGUUAAACAGCCAGAUGAUGGUGAUGAUGAUGAUGUUACGUUUGUUGAUAAAUCAAAAACAAUAAAUACAUUAUUACCACCAAGUGAAUAUAUACUUGGUGUUGUUGAUCUUACUGGUGAAUUAAUGCGUAAAUGUAUUAGUGAUUUAUCAACUGGUGAUAUUACAAGUUGUUUUAAAACUUGUAAUAUUGUUAGAGAUAUGUAUUCUGCUUUUCUUGGUAUAUAUGGUAUGAUGGGAAAAGAAUUAAAUAAAAAAAUAUAUACAUUGAAACAAAGUUUAACUAAAAUGGAAAAUGUUUGUUAUACAAUCAAAAUACGUGGAUCAGAAAUACCAAAACACAUGUUGGCUGAUGUUGUUUGUGUAACACAUGAUGAUUAUAAUGAUGAAAAUGAAUCAUACAAUGAAUUUACAUAAAUUAAAUUUACAUCAUAUUUGUAUUAUUUUAAAUGAUAGUUUUAAAUUGAAUUAAUUUAUUUUUCAUUUGUAAAAUAAUAUUGUUAGUAAUAUUUAAAUGUUAAAUAAACAUUUUGACAAAAUUUUAUACAUUUAUCAUUCAGUUUUGCUAUAAAAAUAAUUUUUUAAAUUAAUUGAAUAAUUUUUUUUUUUUUCCAUUAUUUAAAAUUAAUAACAAAUGAAAAUGUUUUUUAAAUUUUUUAAUAAUGAAUUUUCUUUAUAUUAAAUAUCAAUACAACAAGUGUAAUUAUUAAAUUAAUUUUUACAAAUAAAUAAACAGCAGGCUUUAACAUUUAAAAAGAAAUUUUUUACAUUUUUUUUUUUUCGUUUCAAUUUGCUUAUUUAAAUCUGUAAAUUUUUAAAUUAAAAAUAUUCUACUGGGUAUUAUUAAUUUACACACAUGUUUUAAAAUAUUUAUACAAAAAUUUCUCAAGAUUUUAUUUAUUAUUGGUAAGAGCAUGCGCGUUAUUAAAUAACACGUGGGGAAAUAAUGAGCUGUUUUCUUAGCAAAAUCUACAAUUCAGAUUUUAGUCUCGUUGAGACAUGAUAAAUAAUUUUACCUAACACUCCGUUAUAAUUAUUGUUGUUGGAUUUAAAAUAAAUCGAAAAACAUGAUAUUUUUUAUAUAAAUAAUUUAAAUCAACUGAUUAAUCUAAUUUCAAAUAAAAACAAAUGGAUUAACUCUAUUUGAAAACAAAAAAAAGAAAAAAAAAAAAA